AUGUUUCGUGCAAUUUCAGGCAAUAUAUUUCAAUUUUGUAACGUUGACUACAAUUGGACUCGGAGAUAUCGUUCCGAAAAGGCAGCACUGAGAAAUGCCGUAAAAAAGAAGAGUAGUCGCGCAAUUCGGAGAAAGUCUCAGAAACAGUCGCACGAGAAAAUGAGUGAAACGUUCAUGCUAUUUACGAUCAUCUACAUCAUCGUUGGACUUGCAAUAACGACUAUUGCCAUUGAAAUCGCAGCCGAUGCGCUCAAGAAGUUGCACUACUUCGGCAGAAAAAUCGAAAACGUUGCUCACGUACCAGUUUGGUUUGGUUCCAAAAAACUUACAAUGAGGCAGAUCAUUCGAAAUUUUGGUGAUCAGUUCAACCUACCGGCUGCAAAGGUUCAAGCACUUGAUUUGGAUCACUUUGUUGAUCAGGCGAUUAAGGUGGAAGCUGGUGAAAUACCGUCGUUGAGGGUUAGUCUGUUUAUUCUUCACCAACCGACGGCAUUGAGCGAAAACAAUUUUCUACUUGAAACGGCUGUCAACUUCGCUGAUGACGAUCCGUGGACAACCAGGCGACUGUCGCCAGCACUAUCGAGGAGCUCAACUCCGAGACCGAACUUUAUUCAUAAAAUAUCGUCAGCACUUGAAGUAAGCCGGCAACCCAGUCCCGAACCACCGCCAGUGCCUAAACCUGAACCUGAACCUGAACCCGAACCAGAACCCGAACCAGAGCCCGAACCACAGUCCCCACAUGACCUUGAACCUGCUGAGCCUCAGAUACAGCAGGAGCAUGAGCCUAGCCCCGAACCCCAGUCAGUGGUCAUUGAGUGCGAACUAUUUCCUCAUCCAACACCAUCACCAGAACCAUCUUCGCCCGAACUACCUCCUUCACCUUCGCCCGAGCAAAUCGCUGAACCAGAAUGCACGCCAACUCAAUUGGAUGUUCUGGAAUAUGAAAGUGAUUUAGAAGAAAGUGUGCUUAUAAUUGAACGUCCACCUCCUGAGGAGAACACAAUGGAACCAGAACCUCAACCUCAACCCGAGCCUGAACAGGAACCAGAACCGGAACCCGAACCACCAACGCCAGCAGAGGCUGAACCGUUGAUAGAGACCGUGACGACGCCUGAAACUCCGAAAGCAAGCACUCCUCCGCCAAUCGUCAGCCCGACGCCUCGUCAUUCAAUAGCCACAAGUAUCUUACCGAUGGAUACACCUAAGAAAAGUCAGAGGGACUACAGUAAUGAUGCGUGGAGGCGUUACCAAGAAUAUCAAAAGCAAUGGUCAAGAUUCAGGGAGACAAAGGCUGCUCAGUCAGCAUCGUCUGAACAUGAAAGGAGACGGAAAUCGCAGCCGCAUACGGACACUAACGUGGAUAGUGCUUCAACCAGCCAGUCGAAGGUUCCGCCUAGACGACCACCCCCUAAACGUGGAGCUUAUCGAGGGCAGUCAAGAGGAAGAGCGAAGAAGACGUGA